AGACCGGCAAUGGGCGGAUACGCUCUCUCUCUAUACAUUCUGGACCGCUCAAGUCACCGCAACCAUGGCCCCCUGAUGCUAGUUCCCACCGUGGCUGACCGUUCGUUCAUUGACGUCCCCUUGUUGGGAUCCCCGGAUUCCACAUCCAUGCCCUUGUAUAUAUAUUACUGAUGCCACUGUACUUUUACGAGCUUGGGUUGUCAUUUGUUUGCUUUUGUCUUCUUCGUUAUUGCCCUUUUCUUGUGUUCCUUUUCCCCCUUACCCGCCCUACCCUAUCAUUCAAAGCACAUGAUACAUUCCCCCGGAAUUGGCAUGAACUCUGUGGUUGUCGCCCUUCCCUUGUUUUCCGAUUGAAGCUUCGAGGUACCAGCGCCCUUGCAUCUAACCAUGCAAUCACCCAACGAGAGAAGCCCAUUAAACUUCUUCAGCAAGCGGUGUACCUACCGGUGGUUGGGACCCCGACACCAUGAGCCAACUCUGAUCCCCCUUCCUUCUCACCUUCGUUAUAACGCGUGUAUAUUACCCUUUCUUUUUGCUUUCCUUUUUGGCCACUAUUGAUUCAGGUCCGGCGUU